UUUCUCCAAUGUGAGGAGCAGCUGCUGCAGGGCCACUGCUGGCUUCCGUUCAUUACCAUACAUUCGCUUGUGUCCAUCGCGUGAGUAGACGCGUUCAUCUUAUGCCUAGAAGAAAUUUCUGAUCACAUUCAUUCAUCGCUAAUGUAGACGAGCGCCGUCAGGAGGAAUUUUCAUCAGUUUGCGGUGGUAAUGUUGAUGUGAGCUGUUACUGCGGAGACUCUCCGCUCACCGAUCACAAGCUGAUCUCAUGCGCACUGCAAUGAUCGCUUCAUCACAUCCAGUCUGAAUCUGGUCGAAUCUCUGGUGCCGAGGGGACUGCAUUGGUUUUACCCCUGCUAACAAGGAGAUCAAAAUGGGGAACAGUUUCUCCAACAUAUCUGCGUUUCAGUCUCUCCAUAUAGUGAUGCUUGGCUUGGACUCCGCAGGGAAAACCACGGUCCUUUACAGACUGAAAUUCAACGAGUUUGUCAACACUGUGCCUACAAUAGGAUUCAACACGGAAAAAAUCAAGCUGAGCAACGGCACGGCCAAAGGAAUAAGCUGUCAUUUUUGGGACGUUGGUGGGCAGGAGAAACUCCGGCCUUUGUGGAAAUCUUACAGUAGAUGCACGGAUGGCAUUAUUUAUGUGGUGGACUCUGUAGACGUGGAUCGACUGGAGGAGGCCAAGACGGAGCUGCAUAAAGUCACCAAAUUCGCUGAAAACCAAGGAACGCCGCUGUUGGUCAUAGCUAAUAAACAGGACCUGCCAAAAUCUCUGUCUGUUGCGGAUAUAGAGAAGCAGCUGGCGCUCCAGGAGCUCACGCCUGCCACUACGUACCACAUCCAACCGGCCUGUGCCAUCAUCGGCGAGGGGCUUCACGAAGGCAUGGACAAACUGUACGAAAUGAUAGUCAAACGACGAAAAAGCCUCAAACAGAAGAAAAAGCGAUAACUCUCUAUACAAAGCCUGCACCUGCCUUUUUCCAUUGCCUGAGUCAUUGGGUUUGCCAUUUCAACGUUGCACUGUUGACAUUCAUCGGAAUGGUUGUUUGUUGUCGAGUUGGAUUUAUGUUGCAUGUGAUCGUGAUGGCGCAGGUGAACCAGAAGAACAAUAAAAAAAAAUUGAAAUUAUUUGUUUAAUAUAAAAGGGCUGGUCCCGAUUAAGCUGCCAUUAAUUUGCAUAGCCUGGUCAUCCGUUUGAAGGAGUUCUCUACUGAAGCACUGUGAAAAACGCUGUGACAUUUCAUGGAAUGCUUGAUAUCUUAUUUUGACUCUUAUGGAAUAUAGAGUAAACUUCUAAGAACACUAUCAAGAACUGUAUCUUCAAAAUCCCAGAAUGAAACAGGGGUUUGAGGACCUUGUAAUUUACAAAAUUACUGUAACUUCAGUGGGCCUGAGUGAGUAUGAGGCCUCAUGAAGACGUCUAGAUUUACAGGAACUCUGAAGAACACAAGUGAUGGACUAUAAGGCAUUGCCUGUGACACGGUCCACCUCUAAGCACUUUUUUCUUACCAAGAUAGUAGUGUACAACACUGUAGAUCAGAUAUUAGACUGUCAGUGUAUUACAAAGUCGAGAUGAAUCCUGAAGUAUUUUUCAAUUAAAAUGUGUGUUAAAGCAAACACCUUAUCUCAUGUUCUUUAUCAGGGUGAUAUGAGGGUAAAAGUUAUUUGAGGUGAGUACAGCAGGAUAAAUCUCUAUGGAUACAUCUCUCAUCUCAGAUUUUUUAUGUUUUCAGAAGAAAUAGACAACAUUGUCUUCUGUACUAAUGUGUUAUAGGUUAAUUGGAAAUUUCACAUGCAUGAACUAAUUAUUUGGGCUCUGUUAAAAGGGGAGGUAGUUUUGAAUCUACAAAGCUUUCUGUAAAUAUUGAAAGGAGCUAUAACAGACUGAUCACUUUUCAGUUGAACUAGCUUGGGUGUUUUACCUUCAGCACACUUGAAUUGAACAAACUAUCCUGCAAUUUUACCUAAAUUAUUAGGGGGGUUUUUUCUCCAAAAAUAUACAUAUAUAAUUUACAAUUUUUUGUACAAACAGUGUGUGUUUGGAUAGCCAUGCCCUCUGUUAUAUUAGCUUAAGAGAAUAAGCCCCCUUUCCAGACAUGCUGACAAUGGUGUCUUUCUAUCCCAUAUAACUCUAGGGUUUCAUCCCAAGAGGAAAGAGAUGGUCAGUCUAUACAAAAAACCCCAUUUUAAAAACCUGGCUGGUCAUGUACAGCCACAAUUAUAGCGAUAGGUUGUGGUCUUACCUGGAAUUUGGAAUUUGACUACAUUUUAAAUCUCCAGGAAAUAAUUAUAUAAUAUUAUGUGUUUGUUUUUUGAAUUUGGUCUUUAUUCAUCAGACCCAUACAUCAAACCAAAGUCAUACUAAAUAAACAUAGAAGUUUAAUGAUGCCUUUUUGUGGUUACAGACUGUGAAAAAAAUUUUUUUAAGAUAAUUUAUUCCUAAUUAGAGGGGGUUGUUAGAGUCAUUUGUCUUGAUUUGAUAGGCGAGAUGAUAAGAGCCUCACUGUAGGCUACAUGAAACUUUGAUGAAGAUCAGGUUUCACAUGGGGCUUUUGUGGAGACAGAAGGCAAUUCCCUGAGUACCUCCAAAUGGACAGCUGAAGAUGAUGCCAUAAUGAGGUCAUCAAGGCAAUCUUUACAUUCGUCUUGUCUAA